CACCGGCCCAGUGGUACUGGGAGAGUAUCGUAGAAGAUGUCCCGUCUCUCGCAGUUUUACACCGUCGAGGUGGGAGACACCAAGUUCACCAUAUUGAAGCGGUACCAGAACCUGAAACCGAUAGGGUCCGGAGCUCAGGGCAUCGUUUGUUGAGUUGGAAUGCGUUUGAGUUUUGUACGCACUACUGAAGCGUUUCGAGGCGGUUUGUGUGCCCGUAACGCUACCCCCCCAGUUUUCGCUUCUUUUUUAGGCUUUAGUUGCACGUUCUAGUCACCUUUUAGUAGCGCUUUUCUCUGAUACUAUUAACCUACCCCUUCAUUAAAAAACAAAAAAUCUUCUACCCCCCCAACCCUCUUGAUUUCUACCCACACCCCCUUCUCAAUAACUCAGCACCGCCAUGGCGAAUAGCGACAUAAAACCGGGAUACACGAAGUUCGAAUUCGAGGACGCGGAGUUCCUGGUGCCCGAGCGCUAUGUCGAACUGAAACCGAAGGGCGGAGGCUCCGGAGGCCUCGUGUGUGCUGCCGUAGACACAGUAACCCAACAAAAUGUAGCGAUUAAAAAGCUGAGCAGGCCCUUCCAGAACGUCACCCACGCCAAAAGGGCGUAUCGGGAGUUCAAGCUGAUGAAACUGGUCAACCAUAAGAACAUCAUCGGACUGUUAAACGCGUUCACGCCCCAACGGACCCUGGAGGAGUUCCAGGACGUUUACCUGGUGAUGGAACUGAUGGACGCCAACUUGUGUCAAGUGAUCCAGAUGGACCUGGACCACGAGCGGAUGAGCUAUCUGCUCUACCAAAUGCUCUGCGGCAUUAAGCAUUUGCACUCGGCCGGGAUCGUGCAUAGGGACCUGAAGCCGAGCAACAUCGUGGUCAAGUCGGAUUGUACGCUGAAGAUUUUGGACUUUGGGUUGGCACGGACGGCCGGCACCACUUUUAUGAUGACGCCGUACGUCGUCACUAGGUACUAUAGGGCACCGGAGGUGAUAUUGGGGAUGGGCUAUACGGCCAACGUGGACAUUUGGUCCGUGGGCUGCAUCAUGGGGGAAAUGAUUCGCGGCGGAGUGCUGUUCCCCGGUACCGAUCAUAUUGAUCAGUGGAAUAAGAUUAUCGAGCAACUGGGCACGCCCUCGCAACAAUUCAUGAUGAGACUGCAACCGACCGUGCGGAACUACGUGGAGAACCGGCCGCGGUACCCGGGGUUCACCUUCGAGAAACUCUUUCCCGACGUCCUGUUUCCCUCGGACAGUAACGAGCACAACCGGCUCAAGGCGGGACAGGCCCGAGACUUGUUAUCGAGAAUGCUGGUUAUAGACCCACAGUGCCGGAUAUCCGUGGACGAGGCCCUGUUGCACCCGUACAUCAACGUCUGGUACGAGGAGAACGAAGUGAACGCGCCCGCCCCCGGUCCGUACGACCACAGCGUGGACGAGCGGGAGCACACGGUCGAACAGUGGAAGGAGCUCAUCUACCAGGAGGUGAUGGAGUACGAGAGCUCCCACGGGAGGGCGCAGCCCGGUACCGGGUCGCAGCAGCCCAGUCCUGCCGCCCCCAGUUCCGAACCUAACGGUAAGAGAGUUUCGGUAGAAAGUCUCUUAUUUCCCGAGUUUCAUUCAUUACAAAUUGAAGAGUGUAAAGGCACUAAGUGUCAAAAUCCUUUGGCAUAGUAAAACUAGAGCACAGGAGCUAGGCAGUACGUCCUGAAAGUUCUUAUUUUGAAAGUGUAUACAUGGAAGAGGUGCAAGAAAAGAAUAAAGGAAGGUUUAUAGAACGGCAGAGAAUGAAAAAGAAUGCUGGGAAGAAAUACGUUAACAGGAAAAAAUCGUCUAAAAAAUCCUGCAAAAUCAAGAGGUGAAAUAUUUUAGGUUGAAAAACAGGCAGUGACUCCUACUCCGUUCGACGGGCGUCGUGCAAGUACUUACAAACGAAAACUUCAACUUUUUGAGAGAUUUUAUGUUGAAAACUACAAAACACAAGGGACGUCGUCAUGGAAAUUAUGAAAGUGUCCCAGAUAGCAAAAGGCAAACUUCAAUAUCCUAUACACUGCCAGAUUCUGAAGAUGGAAAUUUUGUGCAAGAAUGUAAAAACAAAAAAAAAAUCAAGAAAAACCACUAAGAAAAAUAUGAAUAAAAAAAAGACAUGCACCCUCGUGAAGUUCUAUUCCCUCAAUGGGGAAUGGGGGUACCAGCUUAGAUAGGGAAGCAGCCAGCGCUGAUGCGAGAACGGGAACCGGCAUGCAGAUGAACGGGCGAAACUAGUCGGAGACACGUUACUGAAACCCACUGAGCAGCAGCAGCAGCAGCACAAUCUCUAGACUAGUCUGACUAAAACGGAGAUUAAGUUAAUAAAGAACAAUAAAUAGAAUUUUAAUUCCCGCGCUUAAAAUGUCGUUUUAAAUCGCCAUUGCCACGGAGCCGUAUGGUCGAUUGAAAGAAGAAGAUGGAAGACUUGCUGGCUCUUGUGUACGUGUGAUAUGACCGGUUUAAUAUUUAAGUUAGUUAGGUAAGGAUGGCGAUAGGGCGUAAGUGAGAGUUGUUUUUUUUCCUAAGUUCAUGCCAAAAAUUCUAGUUAUCUUGUACAUUUGAUCUUACUAAAGUUCUCUGUAAAGCGGGUACCUCAGAUCAAAUGUACUACCAAGAAACAUUUUGCGUGCAAUAUUUUUGGUGUGACAAUCAGUAAUUAGUUCGUUCAGUUUUAAAACAGACAACUGAAGAGGGGAUUUUCACAGUGAAGGUCAUCGUUAUCACAAUCGAUUUAACCUUGCCAAAGCUAUUGGGAGAAAAAAAAGGAUUCUUCUCUCUUCAGUUAAAGUCCGUAGGGCGUAGCCAUAAACAAGUCACGAUUGUUUUCAUUAUAGUUAUUCUAUGGUGUACGUGAGUGCGCCACAAGUAGUCGUAUAAUCGAUAAUAUUAAUGUUAUGUAACGGUAGGGAAGGCACAAUUUAGCAGCGAGAGAGCGGGGUGAGGAUAAAGGUUGUAAAUUGUAUUUUUUAAUAACAGUAAAUAACACAAUAUCCGAUCCAUUGAAUUUUCUGUAAAAAACAAAAUAAUUAAAAAAAAAGGUGACAAUUAGGUAGUGAAAUUAGUCUCUAACUAGUGACAGUUGUUUGGUUAAUGUCAGAGAUAUACCAAGGGGGAGAGUGAGAAAUUGAGUUUUUGCCCUAUGAAUGUUCACUUUUAUUUUUGAGGGAUACACGAAGGUGGUUAAGCAAGUAAAGUGUUGUACUAAAAAUGGGGAAAAGUGCGAGGAAUCCAGUUAUGCACUAAACAAUUGUAGUACAAUUGUUGAGGAUUUUUUUUUACUCAAAUAGCCUCUGGCCAAGGGUCACUUAGAAUUCUUCCACUUAUCAAUCACAAAUGAUUAAACGGUCUUUUCUUCACUUUUCACAAUGUAAUGUCCAACUUUUAUUGUUAUUUUAGUACAAUUUUACUAAUAAAUGAUUUUCUGCAGUGCAAAACUAUUGGUAGUAAUGUGCAGAAUUGCGUGGUGGUGCACGCACAAGAGGUUUUUAGUACAAAUUUUUUAAAUUUUCCAAAAUUUUAUCAACAUUCUUUACUUUUACUAUCCAAGGGUUUGAAUUGUACUAAAAAACCUUUAUGCUUGACCAGAGGCCUCACAUCACCAAGAAAUUUCUCAAUUUAAAUGCAAAAUUACGAUAACUGGAGCAAUUGAACGGUGGUGAGAGCCUCUGACCACGUAUAAGACGUUUUUAGUACAAAUUAUUUAAUGAAGGGCUGAGAAGCAACGGGGUAUAAGUGUACUGAAGUCAGUUUUGAGAAAACUUAAAUUAAAGUUAAAUUGUUAUAAUCAAAUGCAGGCAAAAGUAUGGCAAUUUUCUAACCAGUUUUGUUUUAAUUGCUAGGGUUUAGACUAUCAUAAUAAAGAAAAAUAAUAUGCUUUUUAGUAUUUUUCAUAUUGAUUAUUAGGCAAAAUUUGAUAAAAGUCAUCACUUGUACCCCUUGGCUUCUCAUAGAAAUUAGGAGUUUAAUAAAACAUAGGAUACAAAUAAAUUAGAAAAAUGCAUUUUUCCAAUGAAAGGUGGCUUAACAAAAUACUAACGGUUUGUAUAAAAAUGUCAUUUAAAUACCACUUGCAGAACUAUUCUGGGUCACUGCUAUAAACAUUGUCUUCAUGUUCUGGAUCCUCAUUUUCAUCAUCGUCAGGAUUGUGAUGUCCCUCUUGAACCGCUUCUUGCUGUUUCUGGAUGUUCUGUCUUGUGUGCACCAAACGUUUUCCCUUAUAGUCUAAUGAUCUAUAGAAUUGGUGAUGUACGGGAGGUACAAAUGUUAGGAGGCCAACAAGGUCUUCAAAAGUAAGAAAGUUGGCAACAAUCUUAAUUCGACUCGCCCCCUCUACACGAUUUCAUGAGUCUAGAUGCACGUUUGUGUAAUUAGACAUAAAACCUUCAAAUGACCUUAGGAGGACGUAAAAAACGCCGAUAAUUGCGUGGCCAUCUUUUAACGCCCCCACUAAGGCCUCGUCCCGAUAAUUUCUAAGAGUUAAUCGUAAGUAAGUUAUUAUUAUUAAAAACAAAAAAAAAUUGUAUUAUUUAUAUUUAUAUUAUAUUAAUUUAUAUCUUGUUCGUAACUAUUGCAAUACAAAUUUAAUGUAAAGAUACUCCCGGUAAAUAACAAAAUAUAAAAAGUAGGAUAAAGUCGAUGUAAGGCGGCGAUCCUUUUUAUAUUGAUGAAUGUAAAUGUCCAACCGCGUAAUUCUGUAUAAAAAAACUAAAAACUGUUGUGUAAAUAACCCUGAGAGCGAUUUCCUUUUGUAGCCAGUCGAUCCAAUAAUAUUAUGGUCACUUUUUAGGAUUAACGUAAUAAUGUAAACUUAGUUUCGUAGGGUUCGCUUCGUACUUUACCACGUAAAUUCCGAAAUUAUGCAAACAAACACAGACCUCAAUUUUUGUUGCCCCUGUUUAAAACAGUAAUCCUGUAAUUUUAGUGUGAUUUCUAGAUUACAUCCAGUGCUUCAGUAAUAUUGUUCCGCUUUGUAAAUAAAUGACUUUGGAAAAUC